AUGCUAUCUGUCGUCCGCCGCGCGUACAAAGCAGUGAAGAAGCGAGUAGUGAAAGCCUACCGCGCCACCACUACUCCGGUCGCAAGAUAUGUCGUCGAACACCCAAUCCGCACUACGGUUUACAUCGCCAGAGCCGUCCUGAUACUAUACCCAGGCGCGAUGAUGGGACCCUUCUGGGUCCUCACAUUGGGAAUGAGCCGCACUCGAGCAAUGGUGGUUGCUUCUGCAAUCCGCUCUUAUGCGGUCCUUGGACCAGCGGGAGGACUAUUCGCCAUCUUGCAAACAGCGGCGAUUGCAGGACCCCGUCAGGCGGCUCAGUAUGCAGGGUUUAGGCUGCUCAACCAGAUUCAGCAGGAGUGGGGGCUGUUACUCUAAGCCUUGCGAAGAGGAGACGGGAAGGACUUCCGGUGCGGCUCUGAGCCCAGUAUUCUGACCGUAUUUGGAUUUAUCUAUAUCGAGGAUCAGACGCACGUCGCGUAUAGCCUUCGAACUGCCACAUGGUUCAACAUGCGAUCGAGAGAACUUCACGUAGGUUUGGGACGGCCUACGCAAGUGUAGAGAUGAUCGAAGUACACGAUAAAUGUUCAAAAACACAUUCACAAUUGUGGGCGAUGAGAUUAUGAGAAGAACAUUGACAUCAUUAUGGG